UUUCCACUCAAUCCUUGUAACUUCCCAUCUUAGCUAUAGCAUUGCUUUUUCAUUUUUGAUAGAUUAGCUACUAAGGCAAUCUCGUCCACGUCAUCGAUAUGGGUGCCGGAUUCCGGCUAGUCCCGGCAAUGUGGGUGAUGUGGGCGAUGCUCUUGGGAUACCUGUUUCAUGUGGGGGCUGCGGAAUGCGAUUUCAAGGCGAUUUUCAACUUUGGCGACUCGAAUUCUGAUACAGGAGGAUUUUAUGCUGCUUUUCCUGCUGCGUCAGGCCCUUAUGGCAUGACCUACUUCAAGAAGCCGUCGGGCCGCGCUUCCGAUGGGCGUCUCGUCAUUGAUUUCUUAGCUCAGGCUCUUGGUUUACCGUUUCUGAGCCCAUAUCUACAAUCAAUGGGGUCAAAUUUCAAACAUGGAGCCAACUACGCAACAUUGGCAUCAACGGUGCUAUUGCCAAACACCUCUCUCUUUGUUAGUGGCCUCAGCCCCUUUUCAUUGGCAAUUCAGCUCAACCAAAUGAAAGAAUUCAAGGCUAGAGUAAUUGACCUUCAUCCCCACGAGAAGCUUCCUCCACUGGACAUUUUCGGGCGGUCAUUGUAUAUUAUGUACAUUGGCCAGAAUGAUUUCACCUCCGACUUGGCAAAGAUUGGCAUAGACGGCCUGAAGCAGUUUCUUCCUCAGGUGGCUUACCAGAUCGUCGAUACAGUCAAAUCACUAUAUGCUGAAGGGGGGCGGACAUUUCUCGUAUUCAAUAUCGCGCCAAUCGGUUGUUAUCCGGCGUUCUUGAUGGAGCUACCUCACAACAACUCCGACUUGGACAUGUAUGGGUGCAUGGUCUCCUACAACAAUGCAGUGGUGGACUACAACAAUAUGUUGAAGGAGAAGCUCAAACAAACACGAUAUCUCCUCCCAAAUGCAUCGGUGGUAUACGUCGACAUUCAUUCUGUUGUCCUUGAGCUCUUCCGGCAUCCUACGAACCAUGGGCUCUUGUAUGGAACCAAAGCUUGCUGUGGAGAUGGUGGUGGUGCUUACAAUUUUAAUCCGCAAGUGUUCUGUGGGAAUAGCAAGAUUAUAAAUGGGAGGAAUGUCACAGCAACAGCAUGUGGUGACCCACAGAACUAUGUGAGCUGGGAUGGAAUCCAUGCCACUGAUGCUGCAAACAAGCUUAUAACAUGGGCCAUACUCAAUGGCUCUUAUUUUGACCCUCCAUUUCCACUCUCAAAGCUAUGUGACUUGCAACCAAUCGGUUAAUCUAUUUCUAUACUUUCUCUAGUAGUUCAAAUUUCAUUUGGGGUUUUGUACUUUCUGGAGUUUUUUUUU